AUGUAUGUUGGUGCCCAAAUGGAUGAGAUGAAUUGGUCUUGUGAUGUAGACUUAAUAUCUCACAUGCAAAUUACUAAAUUGGUCAAAAGUUUGGGAUAUAUGAGUAUUAAAUGUUUGUGGUACCAACAUCCCAAGUACGCAUUUCCACGCGGACUUAGACCUCUCAACAAUGAUGAUGAUGUAGUAAAGUUUGUUGAAGAUGUCAAAAGUGAUGAGAGUCCAAUUAAAGAGCCAGUUGAAGCUGAAAAACUACAAGGUGAAGGUGAACACGUUCAAACCGAACCAGUUCGAGCUGAAGCAGUUCAAACUGAACUAGAUCAACCAGAAUCUGAACCAGCUCAAACUGAACCAGAUCAACCAGAUUCUAAACCAAUUCAAACUGAACCAAAUAAACCAGAAUCAGAACUAUUAUAUGAGGGUGACGAUUGGGACUGGAUUUCUGAAAUACCAACUGAGAUAUUUGUUAAUGUUGUAAGUGAUGAAAAUUCAUCUGAAAGAUAUGCAAACCCAAUAGGAAACCCAGAGCCUAGUUCUGCAACUGAUUUUGAUAAAAAUGAUGUGAAUUAUGAUGAUUUAGAUACUCCACCAGGAAGUGAAGUUGAUGCAGAGGAUGUUAGGAAAUUUCCUAAAUUUAACCAACCUGAAAAUGGUGAUGAACUGGUUAAGAAUUCCAUUAAAGAUCUUGCGAUGGAGACUAAGAAAAACUUGUAUUUCAAAAAGAAUGAUGGAAAUAGAAUCAUUGUUAGGGGUGAGCCAGGAUGUCCAUUUUACAUGAGGAUUAGUAAGAGGACUUCAAACGAAUAUUGGCAAUUAGUGAGUUUCACAGAUGAUCAUACAUGUCAUAGGAGGGCAAAACAUAGACAAGCUAAGACUAAGUGGCUUGCCAAUAAUUUUGUUCCAGUGUUGAGACAGACACCUGAAAUGAAAUCCAAUGGAUUGAUUGUUGAGGCGCUUGAUAAAUGGGGUGUGAAGUUGUCUACAUACCAAGCAUAUAGAGCCAAAGUAAGAGCCAUAGAAAUGAUUUAA